AUGCUCGUGGCAAGAGCCGUCAAACGCGUAGAACGAGCCCCUAACAGGUGUGACAACGCGUUUCUGUUCCUCCUCUCAUCUUUCCUUGCAAUCUCCCUUGAUAUAGUCACCUCCUUAGUCGGGAUGCAGAAUCUGACAGGAGGAACAGAGGCUCAAAGCGCAACGUCGGCGAGUCACGAUCAAAAUAUCUAUAUUCGAGUUCGUCGAAGCCUCCUUCAGCCGAUCUCGUCGACUACCAUAAACCCGCCCCCUUCGGAGACGCCUACAGCGGGUCGAUCUUCUGCUUAUCUAUAUCUAAUCGAGGGUACAAUACAAGAUAUCGGUCUAUACGCUGGCACUACGGUGGAUUGGGUCAUCAAGGUCGCUCAUCUCAUCUGCGCCCCUUUUGGAGCAGGCCAAGUGUACACCCAUACGACGGGCACGCCGCAGAAUUGGUAUAACAGGGACAGAGGAACCGACUGGCGUCGGGUCUCCCUCGGUGAUCCACUACUCCCUGGGAUCUACGAAUUCGAGACGAGCUCCCCCAUCGUCCUGUCUCGACUUAGUGAUCGUCAGUCUCGUUCAAAAACGUCCCGGGGAUCCGAAUCAAGUGCGACCGCUUUCCGACGAGAUAUACAGCUACGUGAUGGUGUAUGUGUAGUGACAGGCGCUUUGUCGUCCUUCGUUGCGUCUCACCUCAUCCCGAAACGUAUGGGAACAGAUGGUGCGAAAACUGUCGUGACGGAGUUUGUCGGAGCACAGGCUGCCCUCGGCGUUCACAGAUUCCAUCCAAUGAUCGGGAUCCUUCUCUUGAAAACUUUGGAUGACCGGGUGGAUCAGUACACGCUGGGUUUCUACCACAAUACGGACGAUACAUACACUCUCCACAAUUUUGAAACGGACCAAGAUGUAACGAUCGUCGGCUUUGAAUCCUCCAUCUUUUCAGGUCCAAGUGUUUUCCCCCGUCUCCACUUACACCAGAUGAUGCUUUCAGUUCAUGGCGGAAAUGAGCCUUUGCCCCCGAAGGGUGUAUUCGAUUGGCACUAUCUGCAGUGCGUCGCCAAACGAUUUGCCACCUCGGAUUACAAGACGGUCCCCGGCAUUUACUUCCAUGUUUAUCCUUUCAAAACGGCUGAUGACGAGUCGGACGACGAAUUUGAGUUCGAGGAUAAUGGCGAAGCUGAACCUCCGUACCCCACGUAUCGCUUCGACCGAUUCUUGGCAGAACAAGGGAGAAUACAGAGGAUGCACGAGCGUGCCCAAGAGGUGGCCCGUUGGUCUGCUGGGGUCGCAGAAGAGAUUGUCGGGACAGGCGAUGUCGGCGAGUCGCCAUGA